CUUCAGCGAUCAUAUAUCAUGGAGGUGAGCACACGAUGAUAUGAUUUUUUUGUUCUUUGUCACGAAGUGCUUUCGUGUAGAUUAUCUCACUUGAAUUUAAUGACUAUCUUAUGAAUUCAAUAUGGCAGUUAUUAUCUCCAUUUUUAAUUUUUAUUGGGAGCUCUUACAGAUAAUUAUGACAAUCCAUAAUUGAGUUAGAUCAAGCAUAAUUUUACAGUUGCUACCACCAUCAGUUUCAAAAUAUCUCAAUUUUUACAGGGAAAGGAACCAGGGCUUUCAGUGAUGAAGUAAUGUACUUCCCAAGUGGAAGAGAUCUUUUGUCUCUAAAUUUUAACAUACCACACUGUCGUUCAUCCACAGGGAGGGUAAAUGAUUGGUUUGACGUCAAGAAAUAGGUAUGAAGACAAGACCCAGGGUUCCUGGCUCCCACGGUACUUCAUCUCUUGAGACAUGAGAGGCAGAAAAAAAGGUUUGAAGGUUUUCUGACCACUAACUGAAAUCAGAAACAUAAUUUAACAUAGGUUUACAAUCCAAUAAGAGUUAAUGCUACUUCUCAGUCAAGCAGUCAUAACCUUGGUGCAUUCCUUCCAAAUGUACACUGUAAACCCUAACCAGACCUAUUGCUGUGCGUUGGAUCCCAGCUUGUAGCAGCCAUCCUGGACAGAUGGGAACUGCUCCAUCACAGGGUUUCCACGGCUGAACCUCGUUCAAGAAGCGGAUGCUGUGUCCUCUUUCUGAUGGGACUCCAGCAACUGAACUUUCAGUUAGCAGGUCACUGCCUAACUCACUGCAUCCAUAUAGGCAAUAUAUAUUACUACACCUAAUCCAGAUCUCCCAGUCUGUGCACCCUCCCCCUCAGCUUGUUCUCUCUAGCUCCUCCCUUGAUGACUUCAUGCCAGAAUAGACUAGAAUAUACUAGAGCUUUCUGGAAGCAGAGCACUGUGUUCCAUUCCCAGUAUCUUUCUUUGACUCAGUGUCUUUGCUAUAUCUGCAAACAUGUAAUCUUAGCAAACAUGUAAAAUUCAGAUUUUAUAAAAUAAAUUCAUAAAUCGAUGCCUUGUUCAUAUUACCUACUUUUUCCUCAAUUCCUGUUGAGUAUUUUUCCAUUUUCUCUUGUCUGUCUGAUGUGAUCCUUUAAGAAAGUAUCCCCAUGUAGUCUGCCCUUGCCAAGUUCUACAAAAAGGCUGUUCUACAAAAGAUGUGUAGUGAUCUAGGGCAUAGGCUCCUAUACCACCCAGCCUUAUCACUUUUACCGUAUCCUCUGAAACUUCCUUCAUUCACUCAGUAUUUACUGGAUGUGCACAGUGGGGCUGGCAUUAUGCUAGGUGCGGAGGCUACAGCAGGGCAAAAUAUCCAGUGGUUUUUCACCUUCCUAGAGCACACGCACCGUCUUCUUUACUAUUGGGCAUACUAUUAAGACAUUAGUAUCUAGUUGAUGUUUGUCAUUGCUGUCUCACAGUGUUUAUUAUCAGGUUGCUAUUGUAUUCGGGGAAGGCUAGAAUAAAGCCAUUCUCUCUCUUUUUUCUUAAUAGAAAAGAGUUCUAAGGUUCAUCUGGCAUGUAUUAAUACCUCCAGUUUAUUAUGAAAAUUUGCUGUUAACUUAUGUCUUACAGAAUUUCCCCCACAAAGCUGAAUUUCAGGCCAUCUGAUAGUUUUUGAGCUUGUGGUGCUGAGGAAUAAAUAGUGGGCUACUGCCUGCAAGCUCAGUGGUGGUUCAAAUCACCUGCCGCUGGUGGAAAGAUUACCUUUCAGAAACCCUAUCUAGGGUCGCAGUGAGUCUCAACGGCCGAGGUGUGACGGGUAGAUUUGCAUGCGUACCUUCACCUUCAAAGAAUAAGCUGACAUCUGGAAGGAUGAUUUCUGAAGAGGCGAAGGGACAGAGGGAAUGACCAGUAGACUGCUGGAUCUCACCAAUGGAACAUGCAAACGACACCGGUGAGACGGUUUAAACGGAAGCAUCUUACAGCCAUCGACUGCCAACAUUUGGCUCGGAGUCAUUUGGCUGUGACCCAGCCCUUCGGUCAAAGAUGGACAAACAGAGAUCCGAACCAUGGUCUCUAUCCUAGAUCCAGACCAAAGAGAGGGAGUAGGGGUCAAGGAUGCCAGAGACACAGCACUGAAUUCUUCCUGGCUGGCCAGCGGCAGUGCACCAAUGACAUGGCCAAAAGCAGUUCUGCUGGCAAGGAGAGCUACAAGGACUCCGAGGGUGACAUGAUCUUUCCUGCUGAUGGCAGUUCUGCCCUUCUUCAGGAAGGCGCUGGAGAAGCGAGGCUGGACUCUGCAGGAUCCACUCUGCCUUCAAGGAAGCGGUCUCAGUCCUUUGAGGAAGAUAGCACCCAAGAUACAGGGACCAGUCAUUGGGAUGGGGUUUCUAAGAAAACCUCACGGCAUCAUUUGUCCCUGUCAUGCAAAAGGCUGAGGGAAGUUAGGCAAGCAGCAGAUGACUGCCUCUCUGCAGAAUCUGGAGAAACUAACCGAGAAAUUGAGGACAUCGGUCCUGACCCCAUUCCUGACACAUACUAUGGGCUUCUUGGGACCUUACCUUGUCAGGAACCCCCGAGCCUCAUUUGUAGCUUGCCCAGUGAGGUCUUGAGGCAUAUCUUUGCUUUCCUCCCUGUGGAAGAUCUCUAUUGGAAUCUAAGCUUGGUGUGCCAUUUAUGGAGGGAGAUCAUCAGUGACCCACUGUUCAUUCCCUGGAAAAAGCUGUAUCAUCGCUAUCUGAUGAAUGAAGAGCAAGCUGUCAGCAAAGUGGAUGGGAUCCUCUUGAGCUAUGGUAUAGCAAAGGAGUCCGACUUGUGUGUGCUGAACCUCAUACGAUACACAGCCACCACUAAGUGCUCCCCAAGUGUAGAUCCAGAAAGGGUGUUGUGGAGCCUGAGGGAUCACCCCCUCCUUCCUGAGGCGGAGGCCUGCGUACGCCAACACCUACCUGACCUGUUUAUCGCUGCCGGGGGUGUCAACGUGUGGGCUUUGGUAGCAGCCAUCGUUCUCCUCUCCAGCAAUGUGAGUGACAUCCAGCAGCUACUCCACUGCCUCAGGAGACCGAGCUCCACAGUGACCAUGCCGGACAUCACGGAGACUUUGUACUGCAUAGCUGUGCUUCUCUACGCCAUGAGAGAGAAGGGGAUUAACAUCAGCAAUAGAAUUCACUACAACAUCUUCUACUGCCUGUACCUUCAGGAGAAUUCCGGUGCACAGAUCACAAGAGUUAAAGAGGAGUCAUCUGCUUGGCCAGGCAAGAAAGCAGCCAUCCAACUUACAAAUGAACAACAGCUGAUUCUGAAUCAUAAGAUGGAACCUCUCCAGGUGGUAAAAAUUAUGGCAUUUGCAGGCACUGGGAAGACCUCUACAUUAGUCAAGUAUGCUGAGAAGUGGUCCGACAGCAGGUUUCUGUAUGUGACAUUCAACAAGAGCAUCGCGAAGCAGGCAGAGCGAGUCUUCCCCAGCAACGUCACCUGCAAAACCUUCCAUUCUAUGGCCUAUGGACAGGUCGGGCGGAGGUACCAGUCAAAGAAGAAAUUGAAUCCCUUCAAGUUAACACCCUUUAUGGUCAACUCUGUCCUCACUGAAGGGAAAGGUGGAUUCAUAAGGGCCAAGCUAGUAUGCAAGACUUUAGAAAACUUCUUUGCCUCUGCUGAUGAAGAACUAACUAUUGAUCAUGUGCCUAUUUGGUGUAAGAACACCCAAGGCCAGAGGGUCAUGGUUGAACAGAGUGAAAAACUGAAUGGUAUCUUUGAAGCGAGCAGACUUUGGGACAACAUGCGGAACCUGGGGGAAUGUAAAGAAGAGGCUUACCAAAUGACUCAUGAUGGCUAUUUGAAACUCUGGCAGCUGAGCAAGCCUUUGCUUGCUUCGUUUGACGCCAUCUUUGUGGAUGAGGCCCAGGACUGUACCCCAGCUAUCAUGAAUAUAGUUCUCUCUCAGCCAUGUGGGAAAAUCUUUGUAGGGGACCCACAUCAGCAGAUCUAUACCUUCCGAGGUGCAGUCAAUGCUCUGUUUACAGUCCCACAUACUCAUGUCUUCUAUCUCACCCAGAGUUUUAGAUUUGGUGUGGAAAUAGCUUAUGUGGGAGCCACUAUCUUGGAUGUCUGCAAGCGAGUAAGGAAAAAGACCCUGGUCGGAGGGAACAAUGACAGUGGCAUUAGAGGUGACACAAAAGGGCAGGUGGCCCUGUUGUCCCGGACAAAUGCCAAUGUGUUUGAUGAGGCUGUUCGAGUGACUGACGGAGACACGCCUUCAAAGAUACAUUUGAUUGGGGGGAUUAAAUCAUUUGGAUUGGACAGAAUCAUUGAUAUUUGGAUCCUUCUUCAGCCAGAGGAAGAACGGAAGAAACAAAACCUCACUAUUAGAGACAGAUUUAUUAGAAGAUGGGUGCACAAAGAAGGCUUUAGUGGCUUGAAGAGGUAUGUGAUCGCUGCCGAGGAUAAGGAGCUCGAAGCAAAGAUCGCAGUGGUUGAAAAGUAUAAUAUCAGGAUUCCAGAACUGGUGGAAAGGAUAGGAAAAUGCCAUAUAGAAGAUUUGGACUUUGCAGAGUACAUUUUGGGCACAGUGCACAAAGCCAAAGGCUUGGAAUUUGACACCGUGCACGUUUUGGAUGAUUUUGUGAAAGUGCCUUGUGCUAGGCAUAACCUGGCGCAGCUUCCCCACUUCAGAGUUGAGUCAUUUUCUGAGGAUGAGUGGAAUUUACUGUAUGUUGCAGUAACUCGGGCCAAGAAGCGUCUCAUCAUGACCAAUUCAUUGGAAAAUAUUUUGACCUUGGCUGGGCUGGAGUAGAAACCCUUAAGUCUUUUCCACCUUGUUGGGACACAUGAACGGAAAUUCGGGUGAAUGAGUUACUACUUAGGCCAUCUUCCCCUGAGCCAAAGACUCCGAAGCCUGAAACCUAAAGCUUAAAUAUAAAAGUUAAUAUAAGUACUGUUUUUUUCUUCUAUCUCCCAAACAUACAACAUUGUCUAGCAGAGGAUUCACUCAACGUCCCACAUUGUGCCAUUCUCUCAGGGAAGUGAGAAAUAGGAGCCGAGGAGCCUGAGCAUUGCCACUAAUGGCUUUGAAAUUUGCGGGUCAGGGAGUGCCAGUAACCACAUAUUAGUAAAUCAUGGUUCGCAUCUCAGGGUUGCUCAGUGAUAGUAAGCUAGAGCCCUGUUACCCUUCGCUGAAAGCGUAUUGAAUGCUUUCUAGGCACUGGGAGGGUAAUGCCAGGCCUCAGAAAUUCCUUGGGUUUGUUUUCAAGACAAAACGUUGAUGAAGAUCACAUUGGGGUUGAAAGGGGAGAAACUAUCAAUACGGGCUCUGUGUGAGCCGUCACCACAGCAGAGGCACAAUAGCGACACCGUGCAUUUGUAUUACUGAUGAAUUUCAUGUCUUCCUAGCCAUUUUCCCCCUCCAGCCACUCGGAGGGCGGGUCAUGUAGCUAUAAGAA